GGAGGAGCCGAGGAGACAACCAUUGACCGUGUCACUUUUAAAUAGUUCCUCCAAAGUUUUACCGCCAUUAUAAUCUCACCGAUAGCGACCAAGCUGCACACAGAGAUAGCAACGAUCGAAAAUUUUGUUUUAUUUUCGUGCUUGAUCGCAAUCCGAUCGUUUUUGAAGCUGUGAUCGGAUAUGUUUCGUACCUUGUUCUAGUCAUUUCGAGUUGAGCAUCAAGUUUGAUCCAGGACUACGCUGAUUCUAUCGGUAUUUCCGAAAUUGAAGGUAUUAUUAAGGACUAAGGAGCAUCAAAUCAUCUGAAGAUCAUUAUAUACACUGCAAUGAAGUGUAACGCAUGCUGGAGGGAGCUGGAAGGAAGAGCUAUUUCUACCACAUGUGGCCAUCUCUUGUGUCACGAAGAUGCCAGUAAGAUACUAAGCAACGAUGCAGCUUGCCCUAUUUGUGAUCAAGUACUUUCCAAAAGCCUAAUGAAACCUGUGGAUAUCAACCCAAAUGAAGAAUGGGUAAAUAUGGCUAUGGCUGGCAUAUCUCCACAAAUAUUAAUGAAGAGUGCAUAUAGAAGUGUCAUGUUCUAUAUUGGGCAAAAGGAACUCGAAAUGCAAUUCAAAAUGAACAGGAUAGUAGCUCAAUGCAAACAAAAAUGCGAGACAAUGCAAGAAAAAUUCACAGAAAAAAUGGAACAGUUGCACACUGCAUAUCAGAAAAUGGGCAAAAGGUGUCAAAUGAUGGAACAAGAAAUUCAAAACUUAUCCAAAGAUAAACAAGAACUCCAAGAAAAAUUUUCUGAGAAAUCCAGGCAAAAGCGAAAACUGGAUGAGAUGUAUGACCAAUUGAGAAGUGAGUAUGAGUCGGUCAAACGGUCAGCCAUUCAACCUGCAAACAACUUUUUCUCAAGGGGUGGUGGUGAUUCUGAUCUGUUUUCCAGUCCUGCUAACAUGAUGGAUAACAGAGAUCCCAUGAGGAAAGAUUGGUCGGUUUACACCCCUGACACUCCAGGACCUCGGGAAGAUAUAUGGCCAGCAACCACAAGACAAAACAGUUCUAACUCUGGUGGGCCCUUCGACAUCUCUAAUAGCCCACCUGUGAAACAUUCAGUAAAUCCAGUUGAAAACAGAAGAAGUAUUGGUCGCCAGAUGUUUGGUGGCGGCGGUGGUGGUGGUGGCGGCGGCGGUGGUGGUGUUGGUGGAGCGGGAAAUCCUUCGAUGACAUUGAGAAAUCUGAUAUUAUCUCCAAUGAAAAGGCCUCAACUCUCUCGUACCCGACCUCAGUUGUUCACGUUAUAGAUACCACUUAAAGAGAGAAGAUCAACCGACUAUAUGCAAUUGGGUAUAAAAUAAAUCUACUGUAAGUCAUCUUUUUGAAUAUUCAUUCAGACAUAUUUUUACUUGGUGAAAGGUCCACUUAAAAGUAGGGAAUUAAACGUAUGUAGACACUCAAGAACUUGUUACUCCUUUAGUUACUAGAAUAUGAUGCAAAAAUAGGUAGCUACUACGGAAAUGGGAUUGUUUCUACUGUUAUUAGAAAGAACGUUGAAACUGCUAUCAACUGCCUUAUAGCUGCCAUUUUAAUGUUUAUCCAUUUGGAUGGAACUGCUUGUGUAAGUAGACAUGAUUUACAAUUUA